AUGGAGGCCACUUGUCCCCGUCGUACUCCGUAUCCGCUUGGGAGACAGUGCAGAUAUGUUUAUGAUGUGGUGUGCACUGCGCUCCCUAACAUUCCGACUUUGGGUGUCGCUAUCGACGUGAUCAAGCAAGUGCUUAUUCCACUUCGUCUUAUGUUCUGCGCGGGAUGGGUUCAUCAUGACAUCAACCCCGACAAUAUUCUUGCAUACCGCCCUUCCGAUGAUGCGCCCUGGUCGGUCAGACUCUCUGACCUCAAGUUUGCCACGAAGUUCCCUGCGGCGGAGAUACCUCCCAAGGACGAAAUUAUCAUUGGUACACCAGGCUUUAUCGCAUGCGAGGUCCAGCAGCAGCAACACAUAUCUCCGCCUAUUACCAUCGACGACGAUGUGCCCUGCGAGGAAUACCUCCGACGAUUUGAGGAAGCCCGAGAGAAGCUCGAUCUCUCCGGGCCAGUGUUGCAGACCUACCAACACGAAUUCGAGUCGAUCUGGUGGGUCUUGAUGUGGGAGACGACCUACCGCGUCGCCGAUCGGCCCGACACCAAGGAAAACAUAUUCCUCCGCCUCGCCAACCCCGAUACCGGUGUAUGUGUCUCCCCGUACAACGGGGUUCCGGUUGCGUCUACUCUUGAGGGGUUCAUUGUGGCGCUUGACAAGUUGGCGUGGGCGUUGUGGAAGGCGACAUAUAGGCGUAAUGAGGGGGGUUUGAGGAGGCAGGUGGCAGCGUACGCGGAUGUGGUCGGUAGUAAGCAUUGGAAGGCGUUUUGGGGCGCUGUGGAGGAGAGUAGGGAGCAGUGGGGAGAGGAGCUGCUUAUGGUUGACAGUCUGGUGUGGGAUAGGGCGAGGAGCGUGGCGAAGGAGUUGGGGAGUCGGGUAUACGAGUUUGUUCCUCUUACUGUGCAGGAAAUGCAGAAGGUUAAAAUCGAUGCCGAGGAGAGCAAGGCGAAGAAGCCUGCCACGAAGAAGAAAGGUUUCGCCACCAAGCAGAAAGGCUCGACCAGCAAGAAGAAAGCUGGCGAUGCUACGACGAAGAAAGCCAGUGAUGCCGCCAAGAAGAAAGCCGGCGAUGCUACGAAGGAGAAAGCCGGUGAUGCCACGAAGAAGACUAAGUCGAAGACUGUCACCAACAAAGAGACAGCCACUGCUGCUUCGGAGAAGAAAGCCGGCAACUCGAAUAAUUCGAAGAAGCGUAAGGCUCUGGAGGGAGCCGAUGACGAUCGCGGUAACGCCGAUGAGAAUGGGGACAAUGAAGAUAGGAAGAGGGGGGCGAAGAGGGCCAGGGUUGGGUCGAAAUAA